AAACCAACCACUGCACAAUGAGCUACGAGUACAGCGAAAUCACCGAUUCCACCUACCGGGCAACUCGCCAGGAACGUAACGAGCCCGACUACGUCCUAGUGAGACCAACCGACUGUUCCCAGGUUCCCAUCCGAGAUCCCAGCUGGAAGCCAAAGCCAACUGUGUUGACAUCAGUCUUCAAAAACAUUGAUUCCGCGUUGAAAAAGUUUGCAGUCCUGCCGGACGAUGUGUGGGUUGCAUCGUAUCCGAAAAGUGGAACCACCUGGUGCCAGGAGAUGGUCUGGUUGAUCUGUAACGAUCUGGACUACCAGCGAGCGGCCGACGUCAACUUGGUGGAGCGAUUUCCUUCCAUGAAAUUAAGCGGACUAUUUAGUCGUCCUGACGACCAUCGUCCUUUUAAAGAAGUGCUGGAGAUGCCUAGACCACGGUUCAUCAAAACCCAUCUGCACGUUGGACUACUUCCGGAAGCGAUUUGGACGGUGAAGCCAAAGAUUGUGUACGUCCAUCGGAAUCCCAAAUCGGUCGCAGUGUCCUUCUACCAUCAUUCGGCGUCGUUCACCGGAUAUAAAGGAACGCUGGAGGAUUUCACCCGCUCAUUCAUGCGAGAUUUGCAACUAUACUCUCCCUACCAUGAGCACGUUAUCGAGUACAGCCAGCUGAGUCAUCUUGAUAACGUGUUAGUUUUAAAGUAUGAAGAUAUGAAGCAGGUAUCAACGGACUAAUCCAAC